AGUAAGAGACAUUAGGAGACCGAGAGGGUAACAUUCUUUAUGCAGGAGUUCUAAGAGACGAAUUGAAGACUUCUGGGAAGCAGCUACCCCACAAUAUAGUACACUCCAAGAGGUGAAAAGCGUACGCUAAUCCAGUAGGAGAAGCCCGAUUCAGUUCUCCACCCACACACUCUGAUAACUCAUUACAAUAUAACAAACCAAACACACACUUCACUCUCUCUCUCUCUCUCCGGCUUCGUUAGGGUUUCUUCCCAUUUCUCAAUGGCAGAAGUUAUCGCCAACAUUCCCUCCGAUUCUCUCGACAAAUCCCCGUCCUCUUCCGCUCCACCUCCACCUCCCCCGCCACCUCCCCCCUCAUCAUCCGCCGCUGAUUCCGAUCUCCCUCCGCCUCAUCAUCCGCCUCCACACCCUUCCUACCGCCGUGGUCGGGACCGCAGAGAUGAUAGAGAUUUCGAUCGUCCUCCUAAUCGCCGCGAUUACUAUGAGCGAAACAUGUCACCGCCGCCAAGAGAUAGAGAUAGAGAAUUCAAGCGCAGGCGUAGUCCUAGUCCUCCGUAUCGUGACCGUCGUCAUUCCCCACCGCGGCGUUCCCCACCGCAUUACAACUACAAGCGCUCUAGGAGAGGAGGCAGCCCCCGAGGCGGUUAUGGACCUGAUGAUAGAAGAUCUGCGUAUGAUCAUUAUGGUGGUUAUGAUAGGGGUGGAAGAGGUGGUUAUGCUGAUGACAGGUCUUAUGGUAGGUUUGGACACCGUUCUGGAGCAGGAUAUCAAAAUGGGAUCUCUGAUAUGGAAUCCAAUCGUGGUUACACAAACUUUCGAAGUGGCGGUGCACAAAGAGAAGGGUUGAUGUCCUAUAAACAAUUCAUUCAGGAGCUUGAGGAUGAUAUACUACCAGCUGAAGCAGAACGUAGGUAUCAAGAAUAUAGAUCAGAGUACAUUUCUACCCAAAAAAGAGCUUAUUUUAAUGCUCAUAAGGAUGAGGAGUGGUUGAAAGAUAAAUACCAUCCAACAAAUUUGCUUAAAGUCAUUGAAAGGAGGAAUGAAAGUGCUCGACAGCUGGCAAAAGAUUUUUUGCUUGAGUUGCAGAGUGGAACUUUUGAUCUAAAUCCGGGUUUAAGUGCCUCUUCAUCCAACAAAUCAGUGCAAGCUAGCGAACCAAAUUCAGAGGAGGAAGCAGAUGGCAAACGGAGAAGACAUGGAAGGGGUUUUAAUAAACAAAGUGAUUUCACAGCUGCUCCAAAGACUCAUCCUGUCAGUUCUGAACCUAGCCGAAUACAAGCAGAUGUUCAACUGUCUCAGGCCCUUGUCCGCAAGCUUGAUGCAGAAAAGGGGAUUGGAGAUAAUAUUUUAUGCAGCAGUGAUCAUAAUAAAAAUGGUGAUAAGUCUCACAGUGGAUCUGUGGGUCCAGUAGUAAUUAUACGAGGCCUAACGUCUGUUAAGGGUUUAGAGGGUGUUGAGCUUUUGGAUACACUUGUUACAUAUCUCUGGCGGAUUCAUGGUGUAGAUUAUUAUGGCAUGAUUGAGACUAAUGAGGCUAAGGGUUUUAGGCAUGUGAGGCCGGAAAGAACAGGGCAUGAAGAAACAGAUAAGUCAGGGUCUGAAUGGGAAAAAAAACUUGACUCAUUUUGGCAGGGAAGGAUGAAUGGUCAGGAUCCAUUGGAAGUAAUGGCUGCUAAGGAGAAAAUAGAUGCUGCAGCAGUUGAAGUGUUGGAUCCAUAUGUUAGAAAAAUCAGGGAUGAAAAGUAUGGAUGGAAGUAUGGUUGUGGAGCUAAGGGCUGCACAAAGCUAUUUCAUGCUGCUGAAUUUGUGUACAAACAUCUGAAGCUGAAACACCCAGAGCUUGCUGUUGAACAAACUUCAAAACUGCGCGAGGAUCUCUAUACUCAAAAUUACAUGAAUGAUCCAGAUGCUCCUGGUGGAAAGCCUGUCAUGCAGCAAUCUCAGGACAAGCCUUUAAAGCAAAGGUUGGGUCUGGAGGGCCGAUUGAGAGAUGAUCGUGGUAAUCAUCAAGACCAUGAACGAAAUGACAGAAUAAAUGGAGAUAAACCCGAUUCCCCAUUCCAUGAAAGGCAGUCUAAAGCACUUGAGAUGGGAGACCACGAUGAAACAAUGUACGGCACUUAUGCAGGGCAUGGUGUACCUCCUUUUGCCUCAGAUAUGCCUCCUCCGCCAGUAUUGAUGCCUGUACCUGGUGCUGGGCCAUUAGGACCCUUUGUUCCUGCUCCACCAGAAGUUGCAAUGCAGAUGCUAAGAGAGCAAGGAGGACCAUCUUCAUAUGAUGCCUCUGGAAGAACAGUGCUGUCUGGACCUCAUAUGGGUGGACAGGCACCAAUAAUUGCUGUAAAUCCGGCAUUUAGACCAGAUCCUCGGAAGAUGCGAAGUUAUCAAGAUUUGGAUGCUCCAGAUGACGAGGUCACUGUGAUAGACUAUCGGAGUUUGUAAGUGUCUUAGGGUGACUGGUUUUCUUAAACUUCAGUGAGAUUUAGUGGCCAAUGUCCAUGCUGCCGGCAGAGUUGAGAGCUUUAUUGAUAUUUUGGUGGGAUCAUGCACUUUUUCUUCUGCAAAUUUUUGGGAUGAAAAUUCAUACUUUUUUGCGGAAAUUUUUGUCUCUGGGAAUACUAAUUUUUACGGGUGGAGAGUACUGUUAUCGUGAGUAAUGGCAAUAAUCAAUAACAAUCAUCCGUUUUUGGAUUUGAGUAAGGCAAGGAAUUGGAUAUUUUUUAAAAUCAAAAUGUGCAUGCGUUUGCUGUGA